AUGGCCGAUCAGAAAGAAGUUGAUCUCGACUCCGUCAUCGACAGACUGCUCGAGGUCCGAGGCUCGCGUCCCGGCAAGCAGGUCCAGCUGAUGGAGCACGAGAUUCGAUAUCUUUGCACAAAGGCCCGAGAGAUUUUCAUCCAGCAGCCCAUUCUGCUCGAGCUCGAGGCACCCAUCAAGAUUUGUGGAGAUAUCCACGGCCAAUACUACGACCUGCUGCGAUUAUUCGAAUACGGUGGAUUCCCACCGGAGGCUAACUACUUAUUCCUCGGAGACUACGUGGACCGAGGCAAGCAGUCAUUGGAGACCAUUUGUCUGCUUCUGGCAUACAAGAUCAAGUACCCCGAAAACUUCUUUAUUCUGCGUGGAAACCACGAGUGUGCAUCUAUCAACCGAAUCUACGGCUUCUACGACGAGUGCAAGCGGCGAUAUAACAUCAAGCUGUGGAAGACAUUUACCGACUGCUUCAACUGCCUGCCGAUAGCAGCAAUCAUCGACGAGAAGAUUUUCGCCAUGCAUGGAGGUCUUUCUCCCGAGCUCAACACCAUGGAGCAGAUUCGUCGUGUGAUGCGACCCACAGACAUCCCCGACGUGGGUCUUCUGUGCGACCUGCUGUGGUCCGACCCCGACAAGGACAUUACUGGCUGGAACGAAAACGACCGAGGUGUGUCAUUCACCUUUGGUCCCGACGUUGUUCUGCGGUUCCUGCAAAAACACGACAUGGAUCUCAUUUGCCGAGCACACCAGGUCGUUGAGGACGGUUACGAGUUCUUCUCCAAGCGACAUCUUGUCACUCUCUUCUCGGCGCCCAACUACUGCGGUGAGUUUGACAAUGCCGGAGCCAUGAUGUCUGUCGACGAGUCUCUUCUGUGUUCUUUCCAGAUUCUCAAGCCAGCCGAGAAGAAGCAGAAGUUUGUCUACUCUGGCAUGGGUGGUGGCCGGCCUGUGACUCCCCCUAGAAAGCAGAAGAAGGCAGGCAAAUAA